AUGGACCUGGUUAGCAUAUCGGUGGUGUGCUGUCCAGAGUGUAUGGUUCCGCUGGCGGGCGAGGACGGCUUCCAUAUCGUCCUCGUCCUCGUCCUCGCCCUCGCCCUCGCCCUCGCCUUGGUCCGGACCGAGAUCGAACGUAGAGCAUCCCUCGACGAAGGGCUCGAUACCGGUGUCGAGGAUAGCGCGGAGCGCGAAGGGCUGUGUAUGCGUGAUAAGAUGCUCGUUGGCGCGGUGGCGCGUAAAGUCGAAGCCAGGCGUCGAGUUGCCAAUAUCAUCCUACAGCCGGUCGGCCGUUAUCGGGAGAGGGGUCCGGCCGCCGAGGAGGGUGCGAUAGAGGACGUGCUAGGCGUUACGGUACGCCCUCCGGAUAACGGCUCCAAUACGGCUCAUAUCGUAGCUUACGCCGCGGUAGCAGGCGACCGUGCUGCUCUCCUAGCUCAUAUAGUGGCGGGAGACGGUAGAGCGCGUAUAGUACAUCAACUGCCUCCGGAGACGGACGACCUCGCCUACUGCCGUCUCUCCGGAGGGGGAUAG